AUGAAUGCAUUUUUGGACAGGUAUGUCCAUUCUGGAACCACAUUAAAGGAAUUAGUCGACCAAUUUGAUAAUGCUCUUAGAAAGAAGGUCGAGGUAGAGACCACUGCUGACUUCAAUUCAAUCAACCAAACAAUUCAUUGCGUGUCUCACUUUAACAUUAAGAAACAGUUCCGAAAGUUUUAUACAAAUGAAAAGUUUAAAGAAAUUCAAAAAGAGUUGCUUGGCCUAAUGUGUUAUAACUGUUCCUUGGUAAGCACACAAGUGUGCAUUCUAAAAUAUGAUGUGUUGGAUGAAAUCUCUACUGAAGACCACAUCAAAACAAUCAAUUUCUCAAUUUUCUUUAACGAGGACGAGGUGGAGGUAAAAUGCACAUGUGCAUUGUUUGAGACGAGGGGGAUUUUAUGUAGACAUGCCCUUAGAGUUUGUCAGCUGAAGAAAAUAAACGUGCUACCAUCAGUAUAUGUCUUGGAUCGUUGGAGAAAAGACUUAAAGAGGAGAUACACAUUACUCAUAACUAGUUACGAUGACCAACGAGACAAGUCUGACAAACGGAAUUAUGAGCUUGUAGUCAAGAGGUGUUCAAAAUUAGCAACCAAAAUUUCCUCAAAUAAUGCACAAGUUAGUGCAUUCUUGCAUGUUGUUGAUGAGUUUGACUCAAAAUGUGAAAGUUCAACACCAGAGCCGGAGUGCGGACAAACGAUUGCGCAACCAAAUGUGGACUUGGGGAAAGGGAAGAAGAAGAUAUUAAGCCCUAACGUGGUCUGGAGAAAAGGGAGACCCCCAAGUAAGAGGAAGGUUCCACUUGUAGAAAAGAUUGCAACAAAGAGAAAAAAACCGACUUGCAGGAAAAUUUUGGUAGAUGCAACAGAAUGGGGCGAGAACCCCGGAUUGGUACAACACACAUUUGAUGUUGGUGCUGUUUCGAUAGAAAAUGCCAUUCUGUCACAAUCAACUCCACAAAAUGAGACUUGUAACUCGGACGUGAUGGGCUGGGAUAAAAUUAGAGGAAAGCCACCUAGAGAUGAAUUUUGA